AUGGCGUCGGCCAAUUCCUACCAACCCGACGAGGAUGACGACUAUAUCCAGGUGAUGGAGGUCUACCCCUCCCAGAACCACUACGGCGUCGUCAACCCCUACUAUUACUCGGAUUACUACGACAACUUGAACUCGACGUUGGGUUUUGACUACCCGAAUCCUUACAGCGUCGACAUGUCAGCAAAAGUGAUAUUAAGCAUGAGUUAUACGCUAAUGAUACUGAUAUGCGGGACGGGCAACCUUUUGUUGUGUUGUGUGAUCUACCGCUUCAAGCGAAUGCGAACGGUUACUAAUUUAUUGAUAGGAAACCUGGCGCUCUCCGAUUUCCUGGUUGCUGCGGUGGUGGCGCCCUUUAACUUUUAUUACUAUCUACACCAGACGUGGCCGUUUGGCCGAGCUAUGUGUGUGAUUGUUGGUUAUUUGAAAGCAGUUUCGCUCUACGUCUCCGUCAAUUCCCUGUUAAUCAUCGCCAUAGACAGGUAA